GCUCUGCAGAAAGAGGGACAUUCUGACAUUUCUCUCAUCAGACAAGUCUGCAAAAACGGGAGAACGGAGCCCGGGUACAGGGAAAGCGAGAUGAGGCGUCGUGUUUGCUUUGGUUGAAUCCAAGUAUUAAUUCUACCAGAUGCCGAUUGAGAAGGUCAUCACUAGAUAUCGUCCAGGAGGAUGCCGCUAUUGGGAUGACCUUUGUGACCUCACCUUUGCCCUCCCCUGGAAAGAUCAACCACCAAUCAAGAACCCUGAACAACGGCCUACAUGGAUGUGGUUGGCUGGUUCCAGUGAUGGACAGGUGACCAGCCAGCCCUCUAGCCGCCCUCUUCUACUUUGACUCCCCUCCCUCCCAGACGUGCAGCGUGCACCCCCGGUCGGAGACCCCCCACAUCUCUGCCAUGGUGACAUAAUCAGCAGCACAUCAUGUGGGAGAUCCAACAUCAUGAGACCGUCUCGUUCCUAUCUCCAGUAGCUGCUGCUGAAGCUGCUGCUGCUUCUCUAGCCUGUGGAUUACCGACUAGACCACUUGAAAUAACAAGACGGACUUCGGACUGAUUUACUUUAACUCUCCACCAAGUAGCCCUCGAGAGACUGUUUUCUGGGUGUUACGGUUGGACGGUCGGUGUUGUCAGUCGGUCAGGCGUUGUGCGUGACGAUGCUGGGAUGCGUGUCCCGCCUGCGUCGGCUGGUCCGUCUCGUCCACCACCUCCCCCUCCAGACCUCCCUGCUCCUCCUCUUCCUCUUCUGCACCGUCAGUGUCUUUGUCUCUGCCUACUUCCUGUACGGCGUCAAACGGGAGCUCGAGCCCUCAGGAGGGGGCGUGGCUGGCAGCGAGGGGGCGUCGGCCAUCUACGAUGACCUGCGGGCGAGCCCGUCGCGACUGCUCCCGGUGCGGGCGGUGUCGGGAGGGCUUGCUGGGGGCGAGGGGGGCAGAGGAGGGGUGAGGACAAACCCCCUGGUGCUGGUGUUUGUAGAGAGCCAGUACUCUCAGCUGGGCCAGGAGAUAGUCGCCAUCCUGGAGUCUGGACGUUUCCACUACCGGACAGAGAUCUCUCCAGGUAAAGGGGACAUGCCCACAUUAACAGAUAAAGAGCGUGGGCGCUUCACGCUAGUCAUCUAUGAGAACAUUCUGAAAUAUGUAAACCUGGAUGCCUGGAACCGAGAGCUGCUGGACAAGUACUGUGUGGAGUAUGGAGUGGGCAUCAUCGGCUUCUUUAAGGCCAAUGAGAACAGCCUGCUGAGUGCCCAGCUCAAAGGAUUCCCCCUCUUCCUCCAUUCCAACCUGGGCCUGAAGGACUGCACGGUCAAUCCCAAGUCCCCCCUCCUCUUCAUCACACGCUCUGGCCAGCCCCUCCCCGGCCCCCUGCCCGGGGACGACUGGACCGUCUUCCAGUCCAACCACUCCACCUACGAGCCCGUGCUACUGACCAAGACCCAGUCCGCCGAGAGUGUCCCCUCGCUCGGUACGACGGCCACGCUGCUCCCCUCCGUUGUGCAGGACCUGGGUCUCCACGACGGCAUCCAGAGGGUUCUGUUUGGGAACAACCUCAACUUCUGGCUGCACAAGCUGGUGUUUGUGGAUGCGGUGGGCUUCCUGUCGGGGAAGAGGCUGUCUCUCUCCCUGGAGCGACACCUACUGGUCGAUAUAGAUGACAUAUUUGUGGGGAAGGAGGGGACCAGGAUGAAGGUGAAGGAUGUCAAGGCCCUGUUGGAGACCCAGAGAGCACUGCGUAACAAUGUUCCCAACUUCACCUUCAACCUGGGCUUCUCAGGGAAGUUCUUCCAUGCAGGGUCAGAUGAGGAGGACCUGGGGGAUGACCUGCUCCUCUCCUACGUCAAUGAGUUCUGGUGGUUCCCCCACAUGUGGAGCCACAUGCAGCCCCACCUCUUCCACAACCAGUCAGUGCUAGCCGAACAGAUGCUUCUCAACAAGAGGUUCGCUAUGGAGCACGGUAUCCCCACUAACAUGGGCUAUGCGGUAGCCCCCCACCACUCGGGUGUGUACCCAGUUCACCUGCAGCUGUACGAUGCCUGGAAGAAGGUGUGGGGCAUCAGGGUGACCAGCACGGAGGAGUACCCCCACCUCAAACCUGCCCGCUUCAGACGGGGAUUCAUACACAGCGGUAUCAGCGUCUUGCCCAGACAGACGUGUGGUCUGUUCACACACACCAUAUUCUAUAAGGAGUACCCAGGCGGUCCCAACGAGCUGGACAAACUCAUCAACGGAGGAGAGCUGUUCCUCACUGUCCUACUCAACCCGAUCAGUAUCUUCAUGACCCACCUGUCUAACUACGGUAACGACCGGCUGGGCCUUUACACCUUCAAAAGCCUGGUGGCCUUCCUGCAGACGUGGACCAAUCUGCGGCUACAGACCCUGCCUCCCGUCCAGCUGGCCCACAGAUACUAUAACCUCUUCCCUAACGAGAAAGACCCACUCUGGCAGGAUCCCUGCGAGGACAAAAGGCACAAGGACAUCUGGUCAAAGGAGAAAACGUGUGACCGCUUCCCCAAGCUGCUUGUCAUUGGGCCUCAGAAGACAGGUUCUACAGCCCUCUAUCUGUUCCUGGGCAUGCACCCUGACCUGACCAGUAACUACCCCAACAAGGAGACCUUUGAGGAGAUCCAGUUCUUCAAUGGACACAACUACCACAGAGGCAUCGACUGGUACAUGGAGUACUUCCCCCUGCCCUCCAACACCAGCUCAGACUACUACUUUGAGAAAAGUGCCAGCUACUUUGACUCCGAGGUGGCAGCGGAGCGGGCGGCCACCCUCCUGCCCAAGGCCAAGAUCAUCACCAUCCUCAUCAACCCAGCCGACCGCGCUUACUCCUGGUACCAGCACCAGCGUGCCCAUGAUGACCCAGUGGCUCUAAAGUACUCCUUCCAUGAUGUCAUCACGGCUACCCAUGAUUCCCCGGUAAAACUGCGUGUGCUCCAGAACCGCUGUCUGGUACCAGGCUGGUACGCCAUCCACAUGGAGCGCUGGCUCAACCACUACCACUCCAGCCAGGUCCUGGUUUUGGACGGGCAGCAGCUGAAGACUGAGCCGGCCUCAGUCAUGGACAGGAUCCAGAAGUUUCUGGGCCUGGUCAACACCGUCAACUACCACAAUAUCCUAGCGUUUGACCCCAAGAAAGGCUUCUGGUGUCAGCUGCUGGAGGGAGGGAAGACCAAGUGUCUGGGGAAGAGCAAGGGGCGUAGGUACCCUGACAUGGACCCGGAGUCCCAGUCGUUCCUCAGGGAGCACUACAGGGAUCACAACAUAGAGCUGUCUAAGCUGCUGUACAGAAUGGGCCAGCCCCUGCCCAGCUGGCUCCGAGAGCAGCUGAUCCAUACCAGGUAGAAGUACCGGGGGGGCAGCUCAUCGGAUAGUACCACAGCUCAACCAUCCCCCUGACAGAAUACCAUAUGGAGAAGUAUGAUUCUAUCCCCUUAGAGGAUUAUUUUAAUCCCUUAAAGAAUCCAUAAGGGGUAAGUACUCACCCUUGACAAGGUUCAGAAGGGGUGUGUUUUCUGAUCACCUGUCAAAGUGAAGAUUAGGAUGCACGAGCCUCCUUCUCAGGGUGCCCUUCGUAAGAGGGAAGGACAUAGAGGAAGGGAGCGCAGGGAUAGUGAUUUACGAGUGGGCAGUGAGUCUACAAUGGCCUGCCGCCUAAGUGCUCUCCCCUCACUCCCCAAGUUACACCUCCCCAUGAAGCACCACCACCCUCACUUGGUACGGUCUAGGAACAGAGACCCCCAACAGGACUAUACCACCUCUUACGGGGGUUUACCUGUGAUACAGACAGGAUGGGAUAGAGACGGGGGUGGUCAACCCUUAUCCGCUCUUCCUUUGACUAUCCCUUGCCUUACUCACAUGGACUCAGACCUUACUCUUGGGAGGAAGAGGAGGAUGAAGAGGAAGAGUGAGACUUGGCUAGCCUGUACAGUACCAGUCGUUUAAGGCUGGGUGGAAAUGAACAGUGUCAGCUCAUGUCAGUCAACACUCUACUCCCAUAUACUGAAAGACACAACCAACUGCCAUCCAAGAAAUUGGAAGAUGGAUUAAUAAAGUAGAUGAUGAAACAAUAGGGCAGAUAUUACAAAAGAGUAGAGAUCAAUUAGCACUUGAAUUAAUAAAAAAUGAAUGGCAUUAGUUGGAAAUGCCUGUGGUCUCUGUCUAAAAACAAAGGGGGAUAUGUUGUGUAUUGACUAGUAGUCUUAUUCACUAGGCCUUUGUAGACACUUGACAUUAACGCAUUUACCAGUGCCAGGACAGAAUCAGCACCACUACAUUGCAUGGCCUAUUGACAGUUCUUAUUUUUUUAAGAUUGUGACAAUGACAUUUUUUUUUUACCCCUUUUUGUUUAUUUUAACUUUGGAGACACGUUAUUGUAGAAUUGACCAGAAAGACGUUUUGCUUACUCUCCAUUUCGGAUUGAGUUGAUUGCACAGCACAGGGGAUGCCAGGCUGCACAUGUUAAAAGCACAAUAUGCAAAGUGGUACAUCUCUUAAAUAGACUCUUCACAAAUUCACACAGGUUGUCAUUAACCCCUAGGAGCAAAACACGUUGAAAAUAAGUAUUUCUGGUUGAAAAGAUGUUGAAAUUACGUAUUUUUAACGUCUUGUGCUCACUGGGACAGGUUGUCUGUAUGUGAAGUUGGACAUAAGCUAUGUUUAAAUGCACUCAUGGAGAUAGAAAAUGAGAAAACAAAACAAUAUUUUUAUUGAGGAUGUCGUCAAAGCUGUGUAUAUUUUUGUCCUUUUGUUCUAUUUUAUUUGUUAUUAGUAGGUGUUCAUAGUAUUUCUGCGUUGCAUCAGGGAGGAUAUAAAAGAUUCACAUCUAACAUAGUCAAUAUGAGCCUAUACAGUUGAAGUCGGAUGUUUACAUAAACCUUAGUCAAAUAUACUGCUCAAAAAAAUAAAGGGAACACUUAAACAACACAUCCUAGAUCUGAAUGAAAGAAAUAAUCGUAUUAAAUUCUUUUUUCUUUACAUAGUUGAAUGUGCUGACAACAAAAUCACACAAAAAUAAUCAAU